AAAAUGUUUUAUCAAAGAAUAUGUAAUUACUUGAUGUUUAUUUUCCAUCCUAAUUACUAUCCUAUGUUUGAUAGUGAAAAUAAAGAAUCAUCUCAAUUUAAUAUCGUAGUGAUUAUAGUGAUUACAUAGUGAUUCUGAUUAUUGCUGUAGAAAUAUUGGUCCUUCGAAGCACUUCGAAGUCCCAAAUAAACAAUUCUAUGCGUACCUAGUUCAACGUAAAUAGUUACAUUAUAACUGUACUAAAAUGAGAUGUUGCGUAUCUUUUUGUGUGAACAAUUCGGAAAUAUUACCGGACUCCCAGAAUGUUACAUUUCAUCGAUUACCGGCAGAGAAGCUUCGCCGUGCCGCCUGGAUCCAAGCUCUGGGCAUUGAAGACAAGUACCUUCACACAGUUAAGGGUCCGUCUGUAUGCUCACUACAUUUCAAGACAGAUGACUUUCACACAACUAAAAGUGGGUUGUGGAUAAUAAAGAGGUGUGCAGUGCCUAAAACUGAACAGAUCUGCAUCAUAUGUCUAGACACUGACAGAAGAUUGUUUUCACUAAAGUACUAUAAUUUGGAAGGGCCAUAUGAAACUGUGACGGGAGUGUCUUUGAGUAAAUUCACUGCAAUUCUAUCACCAAGAGUGUGUUGGGAGUGUGGACAGCGUUUGUUAAACUGCGACGCGUUCAGAGACAAGAGUGUGAAAGCACAUCAUAUAUUGCUGAAGUUGAGCCAAGAAGAUGAAUCCUUAAAAAUUAAAACCAUAAAGAAAGUAAAUCGGAAGAAACAUAAAUUGAAAUCAAACUUAACGAAGGAAAUAUUUGAACCUAACUAUAGUGAUUACCACUUGGUACAUGAUGAAAAAAGUAAAAAUGUGAAAACAGAGAGCAUAAAUAAAAAUGUACAAGUUAAAACAGAAAAUAUUAUCCAUUGUUCAGAAGCUAAGACUGAAGUGAAAAAUGAAGCCGAAAAAUUUACCAUCGUUUUGGAACCUAAAGUGGAAAGUGUAAAUAAUGACAUAGCGAGUGAUGAGGAAUUCUUACAUGAUGACAUAGACAAUGAUGGCUUUUUGAAUGGUGGCGUAGACAAGGUCAAGAAUAACAGAGACAACACAGAUAAAUGUACAAAAAAUGUCAGCUAUAAAAAUGUUAAACUUUUAAAUACAGGCAUAAAAGUUGAUGUGGAAUUUUCAAAUCAUGUUGUUGAUCAAGAGAUGGAUUGCUCGAACGAAAAUGGCAAUAAAAAUGACUGUAAUGUCAAUUUAUCUGAUGAAAAUGAUGACAUUUACAUGGAUUUCCAGGUAGAAAACGAUCGUAAUGUCAAUUUACCAGAUGAAAACGAUGACAUUGAAAUGGACUUCGCUGAUAAAAAUGACAGUGAUGUGGAACUAGUUGCACCGACUAUCAAAAGUGAUAGAAGUAAAAAAAGUGUCAAAUUAAAUAAAAAGCAUACAUUAAGUAUUAAUAAAUAUAAAAUUAACAAUCGACAAACGAAAGCAACAUCCAAGAAGCCAAAAGUUAAAUUAAUUAAACCAAAAGAAACAUCAGAUAAGGAUGGUAGUGCAGUCAAAGUUAGAAAACGUAUUCGAAAACGUAAAACGAAAUCUCAGGGAUAUUUAAGAAGAAAACCGCCCACUGGUGGCAUGGAACUGUUUAAAGUGUCAGUUUUGACUUAUGAAGAACAGGUUGCAGAUUUACAAAGUAGAAAAGAAACAGCUCUGUAUAAGAACUCCACGUUCAAAUGUGCAUAUUGCUUCAAAGGCUACCAAUUUGAGGACCCAUAUGACGCGCAUAUGCAGCAACAUACAGAUAAAUACGGACAAUUCGAGUGCGCGGUUUGCGGCAUCCACGCUGUGAGCCGCCAGAAGCUGUUGCAUCAUCUUAACAUGGCGCAUGUAGUGAGAUACACCUGUACUGUGUGCCCCUUCUACACUAGACAUAGGAAUACGGCAAAGUCCCACGGACGCGCACACAAAGGCACCAAGACAAAGUGUCCACACUGCGACGACCAUGAAUUCACAAAUCUAAACUCACUUAUGUCGCACGUGCGUAAAAAGCACCCGUCGGACUGCGUGUGCCCGGUGUGCGGGUUCUCCUUCAGCGGCAAAAUGGGACUCACGCUGCAUUUGCAAAGGAAGCACCAAGUGGACAAUACGCAGGCAAGUCAAAUGACCGGCCCGCUGUGCGUGGAGUGCAACAUACGCUUCGCUUCGGAAGCGGCGUACGAGCAACACUUGGCGGUCUCGCCGACACACAAUACUGAAGACAACCUCCAGCCCAACGCCCCGCCACGGCGUCGAUUUAAAGGUCUUCCGAGACGACGGACCGCGCAGACCGUCACUUGCGAACAGUGCGGCGUGAAGUUAAAAGGUUUCAAGCAUUACAGCAUCCACUUUGAGAGUCAACAUCGCGAUUUGACGCGUACUCAGUUCGCUAACCCGCACGAGAGACGGUGCCUGUGUGAGCAGUGCGGACGGGUGUUCCAGAAUUCGAGUGCACUAAAAAGUCAUAUGCUAAUCCAUGCAGGCAAGAAGGACAUACAAUGUACCAUAUGCGACAAGAGGUUUUACUACAAGCGUCAGUUGACCAUGCACAUGGAUAUCCACAAUGAGCCCAAGCGCACGUUCGACUGCCCCGUGUGUGCGCGGAGCUUUACCUGCAAGUCUAAUAAGAACAGGCAUCUCUGGACCCAUACACAAGUGUCAAGGCCGUUCAAAUGUCACGCGUGCCCCAAAACCUUCGUGUAUCCGUCAGAGAGGAAGUUCCACAUCAACCACGCUCACGCGAACCAGCCUUACCCCAAGAAACCCAAGAACAGGGUCAGAAAUAGUCGGCCUAAACACGUGAAGGAGGCCCCGUAUGGCCAAAUUGAUCCUCAAAUUAGUAUCAACGAGGCGUCAUACUUAAGUGAAACUAGUGCAAUACUCAAUGAGUGAAAAAUCUUAUCACUAGAAUACUACCUCCAUAUGAAAUCGCAUCGGCAAAAUUCGUUUAUGCAGAAAGGUGCAAGACCAGAUGUACACAAAUAAAAUAUAGACCUUAUUGCUUGACAUUCAAGAUUUUCAACACAAGAACAACAUACUCUUGCUAUCUUAGUCAUAUUCGCGCGUAGCUUUGCAAAUCUUGAUAAUUAUAAUAUUAUUGUGUAGUCACAUUCCUGUAAAUAAAAUUUAAUCUAUUUAUAUUUGUUUGAAUAAAAUUAAACAUUUUUCCGUUCUAGUUAA